AUGCUUAUUCUGUCUGUUUUUUUAAUGUACAGAAAAAAAUAUCUGGAAACCCGAAAAAAGCUGAAUUUGGAAGAUAAAUAUCACUAUCCGGUUCUCAGUUCGAUGGACUACGGUUGGGGUCAGACCGAUAUCAUCAAGCAAUCUGUAUCCGGGCAGAAACGACGCGGACGAGUCAAGAUUGUUGAAGAAUCUUUCUAUCGUCGAAAUGGGAUCCCGUUCGAGCAUUGUCAGGACAUGCUGUAG